CUAUAAUAGUAUUAUUAAUUUAAUUUCAAAAUGAGUGUGGUAGACAAAGUGGAAAAAGUAGCCCUUUUCAUUCAACAAAAAUAUCCAACAUUGGAAUUUGGCAGCAUAGGUGUAUCUCAUGAAGCGAUAAGUGAUAUUUGUCAUGUGAUGUUCAAGAGAGGUAAUUGUAAAAAAGCUAAAAAGAAUUUAGUAAAUGCAUUGAAAAACACCAAUUCAUCUCUCAGAAAGUUAUUAGAUGGUAAGUCAGACAAUAAGUUAGACUUUCUUAAAAUGCUUAAAGACAAUGAUCAUGUAAAAAAUGAUUUUUGUUCUUAUAAGACAGAGGUUGUAAAUUCAGCAUGUAAAUUAUUAAAAAUUAAGUGUACUCGUGAAAAUCGACACAACAUAUUUCAGCGCUGUCAAAAGAGUUUUCUAGAAAAUGAAAUUGCCGAUAGUCCUAAAGAAUUAUCUCAAAUAGAAAUUUUUAUGAUAGGCCAAGAAAAUGAACUAAAUGAGGGUGCGGUGGUGCCGUAA